UGCAGUCCCAGUUUAAUUUGCUGAACAACACCAUGGAUCAGAGUAUCGGCAGCAGAGCGGCCUCUACGAGCCCGUACAACCCGGAGCAUACCUCGAACGUCCCUACGCAUUCUCCUUACUCGCAGCCCAGCUCUACGUUCGAUGCCAUGUCUCCUGCGCCCGUCAUCCCAUCAAAUACAGACUACCCAGGGACACACAACUUCGAAGUCACAUUCCAGCAAUCAAGCACCGCCAAGUCAGCAACAUGGACAUAUUCUCCGCUGCUGAAGAAGCUCUACUGCCAGAUUGCCAAAACGUGUCCCAUUCAGAUCAAAGUCUCCAGCCCACCUCCUCCUGGCACCGUCAUCCGGGCAAUGCCAGUCUAUAAGAAGGCAGAACACGUAACCGAAGUGGUGAAGCGCUGCCCCAACCAUGAGCUGGGACGGGACUUCAACGAUGGUCAGUCUGCACCCGCGAGUCAUCUCAUACGUGUAGAAGGAAAUAACUUGGCCCAGUAUGUGGACGACCCAGUUACCGGAAGGCAAAGUGUUAUGGUGCCCUAUGAACCACCGCAGGUUGGCACAGAGUUUACCACCAUCCUCUACAACUUUAUGUGUAACAGCAGCUGCGUCGGAGGAAUGAACAGACGACCGAUUCUGAUAAUUAUCACUCUGGAGACAAGAGAUGGGCAAGUACUGGGGAGAAGGUCAUUUGAAGGUCGCAUAUGUGCCUGUCCCGGCAGAGACCGCAAAGCCGAUGAAGAUCACUUCCGAGAACAAGCAGCUCUAAAUGAAACGGCUGCCAAAAACGGAAACGCAAACAAGCGCACAUGUAAGCAGAGUCCGCAGGGAGUUCCAUCGCUGGGUGUCAACAUUAAGAAAAGGAGACAUGGAGAAGAGGAGAUCUACUAUUUACCUGUCCGUGGCCGGGAGAACUUUGAAAUCCUUAUGAAGAUCAAAGAAAGCCUGGAGCUGGUGGAGCUGGUGCCUCAGCAACUGGUUGAUUCUUACAGACAACAGCAACAGCAGCUUCUGCAGAGACAAAGUCAUCUGCAGUCUCCGUCAUCGUACGGUCCCGUGCUGUCUCCAAUGAACAAGAUACAUGGAGGGCUCAACAAGUUGCCAUCCGUCAACCAGUUGGUGGGGCAGCCAAACCAGCACGGCUCAAACUCAGGCCCCAACCUGGGGCCAAUGGGUCCCGGCAUGUUGAACAAUAAUCAUAUGCAAAGUAAUGGAGAAAUGAGUGGCGGCCAUUCCUCUCACUCCAUGGUUUCUGGGUCACACUGCUCUCCUCCACCUCCGUACAAUGCAGAUCCCAGUCUUGUCAGUUUUUUAACAGGAUUGGGGUGUCCAAACUGCAUCGAAUAUUUCACAUCACAAGGUUUACAGAAUAUUUACCACCUGCAGAACCUAACUAUAGAGGAUCUUGGAGCACUGAAGAUCCCAGAGCAUUACAAAACCAUCAUAUGGAGAGGCAUCCAGGAGCUCAACAAGAGCCACGAUUACGGAGCACAGCAGCUCAUCCGGUCAAGCAGCAACGCUUCCACCAUCUCCAUUGGCAGCUCCGGCUAUCCCCACUGUCGGAUGAAUUGUGUAUCAGGAAGAUCCGGUGGAGUCGCACAAAUACAGGAGGUGCACCUAUAUCCAGAUGUCUGCCGUCGACUGUAUUAAAAAUAGAGUAAAAAUGGAUGACUCUCUUUCAUGAUGACCUGCCAAAAAAGUAUUUUUCAAAGCUUUUCAGUUCUCUGUGUGACAUUUUUAAGACCACCUUUCGAACGGGGUUCCCAGCACAUGAACGCAAACAGGUCCGGUCAGUCUCGAUUCCGCUGCGUUUUAGGGGCACACACAACUGUAAUAUAGAGGCAUGAACUGUCUUUGACCUGUGGAAACAAUGUAUAUAUUUAUGUUCCUCGCCUUUAAUCCUUGGUGUUUUGUAUGUGUUUUAUUUAUCUGUAAGAUAAGAUGUUGUAAACCUGUCGCUCCACCCGUCAGAUAUCCAUCAUGUGUGAUCUGGACUACGGGACAUCUAGUUCUCCAGUUGGGGCGGACUAUAAUUCCCAUUAUGUUGGCCAUUAAAGUCCCCGGCCCGAAAUGCUAGAAGAACCCGAUUCAGAAGUAUGAUGGGUUUGGAGUUUGGUUUUUUUUUGUUUUUAGUUUUAUUUUGUACAGAAAUGGAAAAGUUGCUGAUUUCCGACGGUGUUAAAAUAAAUAUGAUGUACGGUUUCAGUCUGUGCUUUUAUCAUACAAUAAUUAAUACUUUUUAGGUUUAAGAAAAAGUUACGAUCACAU